AAAGUGACUUGUCAAUAAGGGGAUUCUUUUAAUCCUGCCGGCAUUUUUGUGUUUUUAGAGUUUAGUUUAUGAAAAAGUGGCAAAUUUUGGUUUGUUAUGUGUUAAAAUUGUUUGGGAAGUGAUAUCUGAGGAAAGGAUAUAGUGUAAUACAAAAUGGACACGUAGGUGCUAAAAGCAAGGUGUGUUUAGAAGAUAAUUAUUUAUUAAUUCAUUACCAUCUUAUGCUGCCACUGCGAGCGGCCAUGCUGUCUGGUCGCUGCGCCGCGGCCAAUGUCAAGCAGCACCAUCGUCGUCAACGACAAGAACAAGACUAUAGUAACGACCACCACCACCAGGAGCGCCACAGUCGCACAAUCUCUCAUGUCUCCGUCGUCUUCUACGAACACGACGCCUGCGGCUGCGAAGACAGACCAACAGCAAAAUCAGCAGCAGCAGCAGCAAGGAACAAUUGCUGCUGCUGCAGGUGAUACACCGGAGCAGAGAAUCGCUCGGUAUAAGGAGCUGCGCAGGCAGCAGCUCCGGGAGGGAGUGGCUGCAGUACUAGAUAGAGAGAAAAAUGCAGCUGGAAUCUCAAGUGCCAUAUCAUCAAAACGUUCACCGCGUCCCAGGAACGAUGACCCUGAUCAAAGUCCUCGUGUCAGGACAACAAGAGCCUCAAGACUGCGCCAACAGGCAACAGGAGACAAGUCAACAUCGACGACAUCUUUGGAAAACGAAAGACUUUUCUCAAGCAAACAAGUCGAUACAUCAGGUCUUCCAAAAUCACCAACGUACGUCGGAAGGUUCACCAAAAAUAAAGCUGUCGGUGUAUCCAGCAAAGACCUGGAUGGUAAAAAAAUUACCAGGGCACCCCAAGAUGAUGCCCCAUCAAAAUCUGGUUACUCCAAUCCGAAAUCGCCUAUUGAGAAACUAGUUAGCAGAACCAAAUUGUUCACCAAAGAUAAAUUCAACUUUGAUUUGUCUUCGCCCAAAAGCACUGCCUCGGAGGCUUCGGAAAAAUCCAGCGAGCGCUUGGGUAAACCUAAGCCAAAACAAGGCAUGUCUCCCAAACGAUUUGGAGACGAUGGUAAUAUAUCACCCAAACGUUUCGGCUACAAAUUAACGCCAUCCCAUGAUGAGAAUAAGCCAGAUUUACUUACCAACACUGCCGGUACUUCAGGGACCAACAAUGCUCAAACCAGUGACAAAAACUUUAGCUCAAAUUAUCAAAUUGUAGAUAGCAAUGUAGUUAAAAGUGAUUUAGUGCAAGAUGGUGCUUCCAAAACCACUAAUUCAUCUGAAGACAACGUGUUUGGCAGAUCUAGACGCCCGGGGGAUCAUUUAGGCAGAAAGGAUAAAAGCAGCAAAAGAAAGAACUCUUUCAAUAUGACGCCAAAUAUUGCAGUCGAAGACUUCGACGACCGCAACAGAAGCCGCUCGAGACGUCUUCUCGCCCCUACCAACAACACCACCAGCUCUUCUACCACUACAACCACCAGCUCCUCCACCAACCGCCGUUCACCACAAAGAAGCGCCAGUCUCUGCAAACCAAACCACCAUCGACCUACAAUAACCCAACGACCACCACCAGAAAACCAAUCACCGACUCCAAAAUCCACCACCAGUCAUGAUCACCAGGAGAACCACCGAGUAGACGUCCUCACGCAGAGGACGAAGGAUGCCCUUCUGAAAGUCGAAAAAUUGAAGAUCAGGAGAGUGGUUUCUUCUAAGGUUACAAGUGGUGAAAAAAAGACUACGGUUGAGAGGAAAAGUCAGGUUGCUGCCAUGUGCGAGGUUGAGGAACAGAAACCUAUUUCUAUUCUGAAGAGGAAGAGUGGUACUUGUACGUUGCCUGUUACUUUCUCACCAGAAGUGGUUUUAGAGUCGGAGAAAUCCCAACAUGCAAGUCGACAAGGUAUAUUGAAAAAACGUUUAUCGAUGGAAGAAGUCACAAAUAUUCAACAAUCGGAAACCAGAGGACGUCGGAGUUCCUUGGAUAUCACAGCCAGGUCUUCAGGACAUCAUCAUCAUCAUCAUCAUGGCAUUUUGAAGAGAAAAACUAGCAGGAGCGAGGAUGAAGACUUUAACUAUACUGUUGAGGAUUAUGCUGGAGAUUCACCACCUCACGACUUGCCAUCAGUUCGUUUGAAUGAUGGUCAAUUUUGCCCUUAA